UCCAGCAUGGCUAUGGCGUCAGCCUACAGCUGCAGCUCUGAUGCGACUCCUAGCUUGGAACUUCCAUACGCCAUAGGCACGAUGGUAAAAAAGAAAAAAAUAAACUUAAGCUCUUUACCCCAUUGAUUCUCCCCUUUAAAUAGCCAGUCCUGGAAGUCUUCUCAUGAGAGGCGCCCUUGGGUGCUAUGGUGAUACUCUUCCCCUGUCUCUUUCCUCUCACCCAAGUGAAUAAGAGACUAAGGCUGUCACAGAAGACGUUGCUCUCCUGGAUUAUCUUAUCCCACUGUUUUUGCCCACCCCACUGUACCUCCCCGGCUUCAGAAAUCUCAGGUCUUCCUGCCUGGCCCCAAAACACACACACACACACACACACACACACACACACCCGCGUGUACACACACAUGCACAUGCACGUACACACUUUCAGUAUCUCAUAGGGUCAGGCUCUCUGUGCCUCAUCAUUCCAUCCUGAGAAAUGAAUUCAUAUUUCUGGGGAAAGCAUUAGUGGUUAAGAUAAAUGGACUUUGGAUCUAGGAAGAUGAGUUGGAAUUUUGGUUUGAGCAGAAAUUGUGUGAUUGGGCAACUUGCUUAGCAUUUUUGAGCAUCAUUCUUCUCCUUCGUAAAAUGGGAUUAUCAAUUCCUCUUUCAGAGAGCAGUUGGUGGAAUUAACUGAGAUAUGUCCACAGCACUUAGCGCAGGCCAGGUUUAUAGGAACCAAUGAAUAAAUGGAAGUAAUUAUUGAUGUCUUAUGCUAAGAGGAAGAGUUCCAAUAAAAUAUUCCCUCGGCUUACCUUGUCUCCCUCUGUCUAAUUCUAUCUCCUGUGCCUGGUAAAAUAAUUUUUAUAGAGAUGAUGCCUUCUAUUUUGAUCCCCAGAAUCCCAAAGUAGGGAUGCUCUUCAUACAAUUCCAGCAUGGGGGGCAUUUUGGCAAACUGGCAAGCGAAAAGAUUGAGCAAGGGGAAGUCUAGCCUCUAGUUCCUGCUUGGCUGCUAACAAGUCAGGUGAUUUGGGAUAAGUCACUGUCCCUGGAGGGCCAUCAAUUUCUUCUUCUCUAAAGAGGAGUGUUGGGAUAAGAUGAGCUUUUAAGUUCUUUCUAGGUCUGACAUGUUAUGGUUCUAUACGAAAGGCUUAUUCUCUGAGUGAACUUUUAUUUACACUUAAGAACAUUAACUGAUAGAGGGUUUUUCCUUCUGAGACCUCUUGUGUACUUUUAUCUGGCUCCGCAUUUACCACCUGCAGAAGCGGUAGUGGAAGGUAGACCGUGGAGUUUGGUUUUCCUAGGUUUGGAUUUCAGCACCACUACUUGUUCUCGGGCUAGUUAUUUAAAUUCUCUGGGCCUCAGUUACCUUAUCUGUCAAACUGGGACAGACAGAGAGUAGAUGGGAAGAUGAAAGAGAGAAGACAUUUAGAAAUAUACAACUCCAAAGGCUACAGUGUAAUGCCUAGUAGGACAUUAACUAGUUUUCUCUCUCACUUAGUGAACUUAUUUCAGAAUGUCUUUCCUUGGGACUAUAAAUACCCUGUUACCAUCUUACUGGCUCGCUCAUUAAUUAACGAGUUGAAUAAAAUCUUUCACAUGUGUUUCAUUCUAUUUUUGCAUAAUAAUCCUUUUUUUUAACUUUUUGAAAAUUACUCUGCCACAGGUCCAAACUCUGCCUGAAGACACUUUUCUCAACAGAUUGACACUGGCAAAGCUUGCUUUGCUGGAAAUGCUGAUUUAGUUACUGGAAAAACAAAACAAAACAAAAAACACACUGAGUUUCCAUUUGUCUGUGUUCUGCCCCUUUCAUCCUUCUGUCAGUUUGCUGGCCGGGUCCUGUGGGGGUGAGGAUGAGGAAAAAUCCCUUGCAGGAGUUCCUACCCACUGGAAAAAGGAGCGAGCAAGCAGGAAGAUAAGCCUAGCAGAAAAAGAUACUUUCAUUAUGGCCUUUACAUUUAUGACCAGCAAGAUAAUGAAGGAAGGUAAUUCUGGAAGCUUUAUGUCCAUUUUAACGGGCCCUCCAGCACUGAGAAAGAUAAUAGUCAAUGGAUGGUGUCCAUAAGGAUUCCAUCUCCUUCUCCCCUGACAGCCAUUGACAGGAUCAUUGUGUAUUUGCAACUGCUGUCACUGAAGCAUGGAGAAAAAGCCCUGUAAGGCCAGGAGAAUGAGGGUGACUUCCCUGCAAGGAUCUCUAUUGUCAUCACUAUGGCAAUAAUAGUUACGAUAAUUUUCAUUCUGCUUUUCUAUAGAGUGUCUACUUUGUGGAGCUCAAGGCUAUGGGAUGUGGGUCACAUGAAAUCACACUGGCAUAAAAUCAUGCUUCGCAAUCUUGCAAGAGUAUUUUAUAAAACUGCAAAGAGGACUCAGGCAACAAGAUCACAAUAAUUACCAGUGCAGGUCAUUGAUGAAUACAAUUACUUAUGCGAUGCUAACAGCUUUAUGGAGGCUUUUAGAUAGUGUUAGCUCGGCGGUCGUUCCUUCCCCCACCCCCAAUUUGGAUUGUUAGACCACUGCCAGUUUUUCUCCCCAAGAAUGUGGCUUAUCAUUUCAGGUUAAAAACGUAAAUUAAUUGCACAUCAGCUCUUGGUCAUCGCCUGAUAGUUUCUCUUUAUUAUCCGCAAAUAAAUCAUAAGGACAAGAACCAUUCAUGCCUUCCAUUUCUUUUAUGUUCACCGCACUCAGCAUAGACAAAAAUUCCGGUGUUACUAGCUUUUCGACAGAUUUAGAGAGGUCUAACCCUAGCAAGUAGGACUCUGCAGAAAGAGCUUCGUGAAUAAAGCAGGAUGGGGCGAUCACCUGUGAUCUCAGGUGGGAUGAAAAAUCUCUAAAAGGAACCUUGAGGUUGAGAGAAAACAGACAAUCGGAUGGACCAAAGGGGGUGCAGAGAAAAGGGGUUAAAACGAGAGAGACAAGCAUAAAGAAACAAAGCCAGCAACUGAACGGACGAAAAAGAGAAACAGACUACAACAGGUGGACGAAAAGAAAAAUAAAGGAAAAUCGAGCAUCAGCAGUCACAGACUGAAAGCGAGGAGGUGUGGAGGGACGGAGACUACAGCCCCCAAAAUCCCUUGCGGCGCCUCCUCCCCAGAGGCCAGUCUCCUAGGCAACCCCAGUAAACAAGAUGGCGACCCCCAGGAGAGAUCCUCAGGUGCCGAGACUGUCCUCUCUCCAGGGAAGCUUAUGCAGUUCACGAACUGGAGUGCAAUCGAAACUGUUGUACUCAGAAAAGGCACAUCAGGCCUGCUGGUCUUCUUUUCCCAUGGGGCAGAAGCCGAAAAAUACUUUCCGCAAAGCCUCCUCCUACCUGUUGGAGCAGCUCAUUCACCGCUAUCUGCAGUCGGAGGUGGACCGAGAAUCCGUGGACCAGGACGAGAAGGAGGGCGAGGGCGAGGGUGAAGCGGAAUCCGAGACGUCCUCGGAGUCAGAAAUGCUGAAUUCGGAGGGGGAAUUUGAUGGGGUCCUGAGAGAGGAGGUUGUGGCCGAGAAACUCUACCAACUGGGACGCUCAGGCUCUGGGACUGAGCAGGUCUACCUCAGUCUAAAUUUAUCAGGUCUUGAUUUAAUUGACAUCAGCAUCCUCUGUGGAUACAUUCACCUACAGAAGUUGAAUCUUGCAGGAAAUAAAAUUGAAGAUUUGUCUUGUGUGAGCUGUAUGCCUUAUCUUCUAGAACUUAAUGCGUCUCAGAAUAAACUGACUGCAUUCUUCAAUUUCAAGCCACCCAAAAAUCUCAAGAAAGUGGAUUUUUCCUACAACCAGAUUUCUGAAAUGUGUGACUUGUCAGCAUACCAGACUCUGACGAAGCUGAUUUUGGACAGCAACGAGAUAGCCGAAAUCACCGGACUGGAAAUGUGUAGCAGUCUUACCCACCUUAGUCUGGCCAAGAACAAGAUCACAGCCAUUAAUGGCUUAGGCAUGUUACCCAUCAAAAUACUGUGUCUGAGCAAUAACCAGAUUGAGAAGAUCACAGGUUUGGAUGAAUUAAGAGUCCUGCAAAUCCUGGAUCUGUCCCACAAUCAGAUCACUAGCCUCCAAGGCUUAGAGAGUCAUGACUUCUUGGAAGUGAUCAACCUAGAGGAUAAUAAGGUUGCUGAGCUGAGUGAAAUAGAAUACAUUGAAAACCUACCUCUCCUUCGAGUUCUCAGUCUGCUAAGAAAUCCAAUUCAGGAAAAAUCUGACUAUUGGUCCUUCGUUAUUUUUAUGCUCCUCCGAUUAACAGACUUAGAUCAGAGGAAGAUUAAAGUGGAAGAAAAGGUUGCCGCAGUGAAUAAAUACAGCCCUCCCCCGGAAGUCGUUGCAGCCCAAGAUCACAUGACCCAUGUUGUCAACAGCGUGAUGCAGCCACAGAGGAUCUUUGACAGCACCCUUCCCAGCCUGGAUGCCCCCUAUCCCAUGCUGGUAUUAGCUGGUCCUCAGGCGUGUGGUAAACGAGAGCUGGCUCACCGCCUCUGCAGACAGCUCAGCACUUACUUCAGAUACGGGGCCUGUCACACCACAAGACCGCCUUACUUUGGAGAAGGGGAUCGAGUCGAUUAUCAUUUCAUCUCCCAAGAAGUUUUUGAUGAAAUGCUAAACAUGGGGAAAUUCAUUCUGACCUUUGAUUAUGGCAAUCACAAGUAUGGAUUAAGUAGGGACACCGUGGAAGGCAUCGCCAGAGAUGGUUUAGCAAGCUGCGUUCACAUGGAAAUGGAAGGUGUAAGAAGUUUAAAAUAUUCCUAUUUUGAGCCUCGAUACAUUCUGGUGGUACCCAUGGACAAGAAAAAAUAUGAGGGACACUUGAGGAGAAAAGGAUUAUUUAGUCGUAUAGAGAUUGAAUUUGCUGUCUCCAGAGUGGACCUUUAUAUUAAAAUUAAUCAGGAAUAUCCAGGAUAUUUUGAUGCAGUCAUCAAUGCAGAUGAUCUGGAUGUUGCCUACGAGAACCUGAGCCAGCUCGUUAAAGAAUACCUUGGAUUGUCUGAGGAAACUGCCAAGAGUUUGGCUCCGCCUGAAGUAGAAAUUACGACACCUCAGCUGAAAUCGGAAAAGUCUUCCAGGAAGUUUAGAAUUGCAAGUAAGCAUGAGUCCCUGGAUUCAACAGACAGAAACUACUUUGUGAAAUUAUGGGCCAAACUUUCAUGCAAAAAAACACCAGUGGAAAGAGAGUCCAUGGAGAGACAGUAUGAGACAGCCCGCCAGGCCCUCAUGGGAAAGACGCCGCCUCGUCAUACACUCCUGUUUCAAAGGGGUCUCGUUCCAGCACCCACCAUCAGUAGUCUGCGUUAUUUUACAGCUUUAGAACUAAGGAGAAGUUUUGAGUUUUGUGAAGAUUAUUUUAAAACUCCCUUUGGACCUCCUGAAAAAAGUGGCGUGGAUUCCAGUGGUACCAUGAAACAUUCUACAUUAUUUCAGUCCCGUCCAUGGUCAAAAGAUUUGCCUUUUUGGCCUCCAAAGGAGGGUAUUUAUUCACACCCAGAGUCAACAACAAGUGAUGCUGAGGAUACAGCCCUAAAAGCGCUACAUAAACCGUCCUUUCCAAGUGAAAAAGGGUCUCUCCAACACAGAAGACACACGAUCUCAGUCAUCAGUCGCCCAGGUUCCAACACCAAACCCACCCUCCCUCCAAUCCCUCAUGGCUGCAAGUAGACCAGUGCCUGACGUUUUAUCUUAAUGUGGAAAACUUGCUCACAUCAUGUCUAAUCCCCUUGUCUUACCUGGCCGUGGAUCCUGGCUGUUCCUCACUCAGCCAACUAACUACAAAAGAAUGCUCUACAUGCCUUAAUUUUCUUGAUCAUUUUCUUUUGCGAUUCUCUGAAUAGUGUCUUUUUUUUUUAAUGUAAGUGAUUCUUAGCUUUUAUAAAUGUAAUUUCUGUUUUUCCCAUAGCUGUUAAUGAUUUUUUUCAGCCGCUUCCCGCUCCAAAAUCUGAGAUGGCAAAAUCCCCCAAGAUCUCUGCAUUGCCAUGUGCCUAGUGAUUUUUGGAUAUAACGAAUGGGGAGUGUGCUCUUGGAAUUUUAAUGCGUCUGUUUAUAACAUCAGUAUAUACUCGAGGGGAUUGAAAUAUUUGUCCUUCUGAUUAUGAAAGGAUUGUAGAGUUAGUGCCAUUUAGCUCAUGACCAACAUGACAUCUUGACUUGCUUAAGCAAUAUGAAGGCAUAAAGAGUAUCAGAUAUUUCUUUUAUUUCACCCUUUCCUGACCCUGAUUAUAAAAGGUUUAUAUACAGCUUUGAUCUUUGUGGCUUCACUACCUGCUGUUUGCAGGAAAAAAAAAAACAUUGAGUGAUUCUAGAUGAGGCUGGUGUUCAGCUAAUCUGUGCGAGUAAGACUAUCCUGGUUGGUAAAGAUGUUGAAACGCGAUCCUUUUGGAUUGGUAAAUGGACGCUUCUCUGACUCCUCUGUGCAUGAUGACUCAUGGGAACAAAAGCCUUCACAGACAGCUCUACUAAGUGUUAAAUAUUUUAAACGUCAGAAUCCUCUAAUGCUUUCCCUUUUAAAAGUAUCAACCCCCACCCCCUUUGAUAACCUCCUUUCCCGUAACUCACACUUGGAUGUGACAUGCUUGGCUCUUGGCUCCUCCCUCCUACCCAGCCCUUUUCUCAAAAGGAGCUGGUUAACAUUCUUUCCCUAGGAUUGAAGGGAGAGGAUAGGAGGGGGUACGUGGAGGAGAGGACCAGGCUGAGCUGGAGCAGGGAAGCAAUCCUCUCUGGAGAAGAAGGGGUACAGAGACUGAGCCGUUGUGCCCCAAGAAUUUUAAAGAAUGGUUUAACUUUCACCAGCAUCAUCUAAUCUUUUAUUUCUUUAAUUUUUAAAUUUUUUCUUUUUACAGCCACACUUAUGGCACGUGGAAGUUCCCAAGCAAGGGGUCGAAUUGAAGCUGAAGCUGCAGCUACCAGCCUCAACA